AUGAAUUGCGCACAAGGAGCUUCCCAUCGGGCACUCAUACAGAAUGCUAUGAAAAACAUACAGUCCCGGUCGUGUAUUAGGUUUAAACAGAGAACCAGUCAAACAAAUUAUAUACAAUUCUUUAGAGGGGACGGGUGCUAUUCAUCAGUGGGACGAGUGGGUGGCCGUCAAUAUCUAUCGCUAGGAAAUGGAUGUCACGAUAUCGGGAGUGCGAUGCAUGAGAUACUACACGCGCUGGGCUUUUAUCACGAGCACAUGCGGUCCGAUAGAGACAACUACCUGACCAUCCAUUGGAAUAACAUUGAGAACGGUAUGGCCGACCAGUUCACCAAAGUGUCCAACUCCAAAAACAAAUUGUACACAAAGUUUGACUACAACUCAAUCAUGAUAUACGGCGCCAAAGCCUUCAGUAAAAACGGCAAAAACACAAUGACUCCCAAACAGAAAGGGGCCAGGAUCAUUGAGUCGCAUUAUAAACGCAAUUUGAGUCCAUUGGAUGUCCAGACACUGAACGCUAUAGUGAAAGAUUUCUAA